UGUUGGAGGUCGGACAUUCCCAUGUAACAUCCACUGCGAAAUGCUAUACAAGCGCCGAAAAGACUGUGAUUAACGUGAAAUUACAGAGACAUGUGGCACACACUGGUCUCUGAAUGACAUUUACUCCCGAGCUGAACAGUCGUUCGUUAAUAAGAAGCGCGUAGAAAACACGGAGGACCUCCAAAAACUGUCCGUCCGUUUUGUCCUACAAAGGAGAGUUUGACAGGACUUCAGUGCGCGGGCCUGCUGCUAGAGGAGGACGCUAUCCAGAGGACUUCAUGAGACAAUAAACACUGUCCUUUCUGUUGAGGGAAGCAAGAGAAAACAUGAGGAAGGACGUGAGGAUACUGCUUGUGGGGGAACCCAAGGUGGGGAAGACAUCGCUGAUCAUGUCUCUGGUCAGUGAGGAGUUUCCUGAUGAGGUUCCUCUUCGAGCUGAGGAGAUCACCAUCCCAGCUGAUGUCACCCCAGAGAGGGUGCCCACACACAUUGUGGACUAUUCAGAGGCAGAACAGACAGAAGAGCAGUUGUUCCAAGAAAUAUCAAAGGCCAAUGUUAUCUGCAUAGUUUACGCAGUUAACAACAAGAAGUCCAUUGAAAAGGUGACAAGCCACUGGAUCCCUCUUAUAAAUGACAGAACACAAGGAUAGCAGGUAGUACCACUGAUCCUAGUGGGGAACAAGUCAGACCUGGUGGAACACAGCAGCAUGGAGACCAUCCUGCCAAUCAUGAAUCAAUACCAGGACAUCGAGACAUGUGUAGAGUGCUCUGCUAAAAACCUGAAGAACAUUUCCGAGCUGUUCUACUACGCCCAGAAGGCUGUGCUCCACCCGACGGGACCCCUGUACUGCCCGGAGGAGAAGGAGUUGAAGCCUUCCUGCAUCAAGUCUUUAACUAGAAUCUUUAAAGUGUCUGACCUGGACAACGACGGCAUCCUCAAUGACAAUGAGCUCAACUUCUUCCAGAGAACGUGUUUCAAUACACCGCUGGCGCCUCAGGCUUUAGAGGAUGUGAAGAAUGUUGUCAGGAGAAACAUGACGGAUGGAGUCAACGACGACGGACUUACACUCAAAGGCUUCCUGUUCCUCCACACCCUCUUCAUCCAGCGAGGCCGACACGAGACCACCUGGACGGUGCUGAGGCGGUUUGGAUAUGACGACGACCUGGAGCUCACACAGGAAUACCUGUUCCCCAUGGUAAAGAUCCCCCCGGACUGCACCACAGAGCUCAAUCACAACGCUUACCUCUUCCUCCAGAGUGUCUUCGACAAACAUGACAAAGACAGAGAUUGUGCGCUGUCACCAGAGGAGGUGAAGGACUUGUUCAAAGUGUUUCCCUACAUGCCCUGGGGCCCGGAUGUCAACCACACGGUGGGCACUAACGAACAGGGAUGGAUCACAUACCAGGGAUACCUCCAGUGGACGUUGACAACAUAUCUCGAUGUACAGCGUAGUUUGGAGUACUUGGGGUACCUUGGCUACUCUAUCAUCUAUGAACAGGAGUCCCAAGCUGCUGCCAUUACAGUAACACGUAACAAGCGCAUCGAUCUGCAGAAGAAACAGACUCAGCGCAGCGUCUUCCGUUGCAACGUCUUGGGCGCCCGAGGCAGCGGGAAGAGCGGCUUCCUGCAAGCUUUCCUGGGCAAGAACCUGCAGACACAGAGGCGGAUUAGAGAAGACCACAAAUCCUUAUACGCCAUCAGCACGACCUACGUUUAUGGUCAGGAAAAAUACCUGCUGCUCCAUGAGGUGAUGCCAGACUUCGACUUCCUGUCAGAGGCGGACCUUGCUUGUGAUGUAGUCUGCCUGGUGUAUGACGUCAACAACCCAGGCUCUUUUGAAUACUGCGCCAAAGUGUACAAGCAAUACUUCAUAGAUAGUAAGACGCCCUGUGUGAUGCUCGCCGCUAAGUCUGACCUGCACGAAGUACGGCAGCACUACAGCCUCUCACCGCACGAGUUCUGCCGCACACAAGCUCCACCCCCCCCAGCGUUCACAUGCAGCACCAUCGAGGCCCCCAGCAAAGACAUCUACACCAGACUCACCACCAUGGCCAUGUAUCCGCACAUGGCUCAGGCCGAUCUGAAGAACUCCACCUUCUGGCUGAGAGCGAGUGUGGGGGCCACGGUGUUCGCGGUGCUGGGCUUCGCCAUGUACAGAGCACUGCUCAAACAGCGGUGAUGGGACAGCGUGACACUUCCUCCCCCCGGCCCCUUCUGGUGACUCUGCCCCCUCCCCUCCUACCUGAAAGACUCAAAAACACUGGCUGACUAACCCACCCUCAACUCCGCCUCAUCCCCUUCCCACAAUGCAACACAAGCAAGAAACAAAUGAGCGAAAUCAUAGUUACAUUUUAUAUGCAUUAAAAAAAAUGAAGUGUGGUGUAGUUUUUCUGUUUUAAAG